AUGCCGAGGAGAUAUGAGAGACCACUGACGUAUAAGAACACGGUGCCUAGGCCUGCCAUGCGGCAGGUGAUGGGGGAAAGGGGUGGUGAGGUGGAUUCUAUGUCAAGUGUUCAUCAUCUGAAUAUAGUGAUUCGUUCCAAGGACUUGCCUGGCAACAUGCGCAGUACAUCAAUACAGCCCUGGGAUAUGAUACGGACUUACAUGCUUUUGGUCAUUUACACAAGGAGACGACCUCUAUUGAUUUUCCCCUCUGAUAGCAGUAACAAGCAAGUCGAGGAUGCACACGAGUGGGUAAGAGCCCGCAAGGAUAACUGUUGGGGGAAGUGCAAAGUUGGCGCUGAUUGGCUAGCUCGUCAAUCACCACCCGCCCAGACGCGGAUGUACGGUAGGAACCGGCGACGUUCAAGCGUCGCAGGAAUCGCGCCGGUGAAGCACUCUCCCGAGCCCGAUCAUGAGCCCGAAAUGGCCUCCUGGGAGCCUUCGAUUUGA